AUGGGGAAAAAAUCAUCAAUCCGGACGACGAUUUCGAAGCGACGUGGGGGCGUUUUUAAAACGACUUUUGCGGUUCUUUCGCUCUUAGUCGCGACGUUUGUACUCCUCCUCGCUUUUCGUCGAGAAGAGCGUUCUGCGGUAUCAUCGUUAUCAUCAUCGGAAGAGGAAAAGGAGGACGACCACGUGACGAACCAGUUUUUACGAGAGGCGUUCGAGGAAGAGAAAGAAAUUUCGUCGGAUAUCGAAUAUCACACGUAUUCAAUCGUGAACUCGUACCCGCACGACACGAACGCGUUCACGCAAGGGUUUUUGUAUCACUCUGCGAGUGGGAGUUUUUUCGAGUCCACUGGGUCCGUGCCUCACGGGAAGUUAUCGGAUGUGAGACGCGCGGAUAUCGAGACGGGCGAAGUGUUGGAAUUGAAGACGAUACCGGAAUCGGCGUUUGGAGAAGGGUUAGUUUUUAUGAGAGAGGAGACGAAAAGGGCGAAGAAGAAUAGUUUAAUUCAGUUAGUGUGGAAGAGUUCGAGAGCGUUUACUCACGAGAUUAAGGACAUCGGAGGAAAAGUAGAGGAGAAGAACAACGCGUUGUUGUUCCAAGAGGAAAGCGGCGAACAAAAGAUGUUCAACACGGAUUUACGCGACGGAUGGGGCGUAACUUCGUCGAAAAGAGAAGGGGUCAUAGUCAUUUCGAACGGCACCGCGCAUUUGACGUUAUUCGAUAUGAACAAAGGUGAAUCCAUAGGCUUUAUCACAGUUCACGAUAACGGCGUCGAACAGAGGUUCCCGAACGAACUCGAAGCGGUCAGAGGUGAAAUUUGGGCAAACAUUUUAGAAAAAGAGUGCGUGGCGCGAAUCGAUGAACGCACCGGAAAAGUUCUCGGUUGGAUCGAUUUUACCGGGUUGAAGAAACUGCAAGACAACGUUGGAAGUGUCAUGAACGGAAUCGCGUACGACGAACGACGCGACCGCAUUUUCGUCACCGGGAAACAAUGGAGACGCGUGUUCGAGGUGAAAAUUAGUAAAGGGAGUCGCAAGAAGGGCGCGAUUGAGUUGGGAAGGAAACGGUGCCACUCGCCUACAUCUUUACCAAAUUACGGGUAUCCCUAG